AAUUAUGGGUCUCAGAUUCAAGGAUUUCCCCUCCAUACUCUUACAAGGAAGAGAUGCUCAGACGAUGCAUUACACGCUCAAAAUGGUGUCAUUCUCACGCAUCGCUAAAUCCCCGUCAAUACUUAAAUACACUUCGGUUAAUUUUAAAGUUGAAGAUUACUCAUGGAGAUUGCAUAUUUAUCCUAAUGGGAACAAGAAGAAAGAAGGGGAGGGUCAUAUUUCCAUAUAUAUAGAGUUAAUGGAUACUUCAUCCCUUCCCAUUGGUUGGAGAGUAACAGCUCUUGUCAAUUUAUUUGUGUUUGAUCAAAUCCGUGAUAAAUAUUAUACUGUCCCAGAUUAUUCGGGAGUGCGCUUUUCUGCUUUAAAACUGAAAUGGGGUAUCCCGAGAUUCGUUGAACUAGAAGUCUUUAAUGAUUCUUCGAACGGAUAUUUGGUGGACGAUGAAUGUGUGUUUGGUGCCGAGGUUUUCAUAAUUAAACAACCCACCAACAAGGUUAAUGUGUUGUCUUUAUCGGGUGAAGGAGCUAAUCAUUUGACCCGUACCUACGUUUGGAAAAUCAGAUCUUUAUCUAGUCUCUCCCUCGAGAAGUAUGACUCGGACAAAUUCUCUUGUGGAGAUUUUAAAUGGUGGAUCAUGCUCUAUCCUAAAGGAAUUGGUGAAGGCAAAGGAAAUAGCAUUUCGGUUUAUCUAUGUUUGGAUAAAUUGACUCUUCCAUUGGAUACUAAAAUCUUUGUUAAUUUUAUUAUUCGUCUCGGAAACAUUGAUAAGCCAGAUAUCAUUAAAUCCGAAAUAGAUAUAAAUCAACACUUUGAUGCCUCAUCUCUAAAUUGGGGAUUCAGGAAGUCAUUCGCUGAACUUACAGACGCGAAAAAUAAAUUCUCGAUGGAUGAGGCUUGCGUUAUUCAAGCUGAGGUUACAAUUGUAGGCGUGGUUACUACGAAACAAUAUUUUUAUAAUACAUUUAACAAAUCCAUGACUUGAGGACAUGAACUAUAGGUCUCAACGCAUAUAUAUAUACUAUAUGUUGUUUUUCUUUCUUUGAUGUUUGUGAUAACUUUUAUUUAAAAUCUGUUGAUUGUUA